CAGGACUAGUUUACUGACGGAAGUUGCAAGGGUUGGUACGAAGCAGUUAACCCAGAAUUGCCAGAAUGACCUUUUGCUGUAGAGAUUUCGUAGUGGAAUCAUUAGAAACGGCCUGAUCAUAUUUAUUAAGGCUAAAACAGAAUUUACCUUUGAAGUAUACUACACAGUAUUCUACAAUUACAACCGGCCCACUAUCAACGGCUAUGUCUGCUGGUAUUUUGGCCACAGAAAGAAAGACAUUUGCAAACAAGUAGAAAAUACGUGGGUCAGCAAGAAAGGUGACCUAUUUAACGUAUGUAUUUCCUUUCCACGCCCUCACAGGAAAACUAGACGGAGUGAAGCUCGGCAGGGCUAUCUGAGCUGCUCUGUGUAUGUAUGUAUAUUAGCGUGACACGGUGUGUAUGUACAUUAGCGUGACAUGGAAAGUGCUGGAACUACAGCGGCCGCAUAGUCAAGGAAACAAGAAAUUCCAAAAGAAAACGACGUGCGCGCAGUUAUAACAAUCGCAGGGGCCACUAGGGACUAGCUACUGAGUGCUUUCUCUUUUCCAACUUUUUACAUUGCCGAUCAGUCAGCUGACUUGUAGCGGGUGUGUUGUCUCUGUCUUUUCCCCACCCAGAAGUCGAGCUCUGCUAAUACAGAACCAAUAGAAGAUUGAAUACAGCAGCAUCCUCCGCCCAUUAAGUGCAGCCGUCAGAGUGGCGUGGGGAGGUGUGUUUGCCGGUUUUAGAUGGGCGGUUAGAACAUAUGGACAGUCAGGGGUAUCCAACAGUAGAACAUGACAGGAGGGCACUAAUUGGGCAGGACUGAAGGCUGCUUCUGCUGGGGACGGAGUGAAGGAUCAAACUGUGCCAACCAUGAAGCUCAUUGGCAGGGCAGGUCGAGAGAGUGCCACGUUGGCUUUGAGUGUUUCUCCAGAUUCAACUUUGGGCUCUGUCCGACAGAAAAAGAGUAAAAAACGUCUUGCAGAGCUGAAGUCAUUCAGUUUAGAGGAACCCCUACAUGGUGAUGUGGGAGAGAGAGGAACCUUGACCAGAUCAAAAACGUAUGACCCCCCCUCACCUCUGAGAUCUGAUCACAGCUCUUCAGUGGAGAGACGCAGAUCCAUUACUACGAAUUUACCAAAGCACAAUAUCACUUUCCACAGGAUAUUUCAAGAUGUCAGCAAGGAUGAGGAACUGAUAGAUAGUUUUUCUUGUGCCCUUCAACGGGAAGUUCUGUACCAAGGUAGACUCUACAUUUCCUCCAACCACUUAGCUUUCUACUGCAACAUGUUGCGGAAGGAUAUUAAGGUAUUAAUUCCGGUCAGCUCAAUCAUAGUUCUGAAGAAGGCAAAUACAGCUCUACUAGUGCCCAAUGCUCUCAGUGUAAGAACUGUGGAAGGAGAAAAGUAUCUGUUUGGAUCUCUACGGAACAGGGAGCUUUGUUAUCAAGCUGUUCGUGCAGUAUGCAACAAUUUGCAGGAUGGCAGUGCUUGCAGCACCCCGUUGUCAUACUCAGCAGAGGCAGGAUUUGAGCAAAGCAAGAUUAUGAAUUCUAGCCACUCUGAUAUUGAACAGAACCAACAGGAAUCUGACAGCACCUAUAUUUGCACUACUGGUACAGAUGUUCAUUUUGAGACUCAGAGCCUGGUGAGAUCUGGUUCUAGUGAAGUGGAUGCCGUAACCUUGAGCCCCUGGAUUAAAAGUGAAGCUUGCCAAGAAAAAGUAAAUUUAGUUAACACUAACCAUACUCAGUGGGUGGAACCCAGCGCUGUGAAUAUUCUCCUUAUUAUCUAUAUGCUGCUGGUUUUUCUUUUACUGGUCUCAUCAGGAUACAUUGGUUUGCGAAUUAUGGAGCUGGAAAAUCAGCUAAGCAUUAUGGGAGCCUUGCCAAAAGGAGAGGAGAUUCAAGGGCUACAGGAUAGCUGAACUGACAGUGUUUUUAAAAUAUAAUUCACAAUCUCUGCCGGCCAGAGGUCAAGAACAGGCUCCAUCAAGAUGAGCUCAUCGUGACUUCAGAUGCUAUUAUGAAAAAGGAGAGAUCAUCUUAUUAAAGGGUCAGGUCGAAAUGAUGACCCCCAAAAAGAUGUGAAUGGGUUCUUAGCACUUUAUUACUGCAGCACCAACAGGCUUAAUGGGAAUUACCAAAAGAGGACCCAAUGGUAAAGUGAUGUGAAAGGAGGAAAGGGAAAGGGGGUGCAAUGCACAUUUUGCACACCAUGCCUUCUCUAUUCAUUGAACUAGAUUGUACAUCUGAUUUUAAUGCAGAGGAUUCAUAAUUUUGUGACAAAGUGAGUAUAUGGGAGAUAAGUUGAAUACAUCUGUUCCCUGUAUUCGGAUUUCUCUGUGCGUUAUGCCUUUUGAAGGAAAGACCUCUGUGAAAGGGGAAAGUAGGAGAAGAAAAAUAUUCACCAGUUAUUGUUGAAAUUCUAACAGGAUAGUAAAGAUUUAAUUUGUGCUUGGUUUUAUGGGGAUCUGAACAAAUUGUUAUACAAAGUCUAUACAGUAUGUGCAAUAAUGAAAGUCAUUAGAAUGUUGACCUCUUGCCAACUUCCAAAAUACCAGUGACCAGGCCUGGAUUUGUGGCGAGGUGGGGGGAAAGGAGGCGGCCUUGGGUCGCCGUGUUAUCAAAUCUGGCCCUGCCAAGUGACAGAGGAUAUGCAUACUUUAUAUUUUUAACUCCGUUCUAAUGGAGAUCACUUAUAAUAAUAAUGUCUAGAUUCUAUAAAAGAUGGAUCUUGGUGCAGGGACUCCAUCAAGGGGUUAUGCAAAACAAAAUGUAGUACUAUUCAUUAUGUUACAGAGGCCCCUAAAUUUCCUAUUAGUACUAAAACACUACAUGAAUUUCUGAUUAUGUUCUAGUGUGUAUCCUUAACCUUUUGUAACUGCUCCCCUACUUGCCCCUAAUAAUCUAAACUAAUGUCAGUUUCAAAAAAACAUACUCAUAAUUUGUUUUUCACAGAACAGACUAAAUGUACAUAAAAACAUUCUAAUGUAACAUUAACACCAAUACAGUUAAAUUGACACUAAUGUUAAACUGUAACAUGCUAAAAAUGAAUCUGCAUGUUACAGGAUAAUUGUAUUUUUCCAAGAGUAGAUUAUUAUGAUUUAUUUAUAUAGCACUGACUCAUGAAUGCAGGCAGACCUUCACAGAGAUUUCCAUUCACAUUCAUUUCAUUCGCAUCCAUUUCCAUUUACAUCAGUUCCUACCCUAGAGCCCAAUCUAAGGUCUCUCUCAUAUUCAUACACUAUGAUAUGUAUCAGUGGCAUAACUAUAGAGGGAGCAGACCCUGUGGCUGCAGGGGGGCCUAGGGGACAGGGGGGCCCAGACCAUGGGAUCUGCUUCCUCUAUAGCCACUCUAGUCCUGUAAAAUUUGCACACUUGUUGCAAACUGUCACCAGUGGACUUGCACACAGGUGGGGAGAGGGGCAGUGGGUAGGUAGCUGUGCGAACCAGAGUUCUCUUAAGAUUUUUUUUGGGAGGGGGAGGGCGGCACAAUGUUGUUACGCAGCUUAUGCAGUAUGUUGUGAUUCAUGGUUAUGACCAAAAUGAGAGGUGCACAUUGUUUCUUUAUUACUGAAGAUAGUAAUAGUAUCAUGUCAGGGUUGGGACUAGCUCUUAAAGGUUUGCACUUAUAUUUUGGCCUCUGCUGCCUUGCAGCUAGUUAAAGGAGGGUACAGCAUCCUAAGCAGUAAGACACUCUUUUAUAGGCUAUACAAAUAUCUUUAUGCCACUAGAUCAAAAUACCAUUCUAGUUUUCUUUAGUAUAGUCAAAAGUCAGUUUAAAUGUCUUUUUUAAUUUGUAUAUGGUAUACCUACAAAAGAACAAAGCAAAUAUGUAUAUAUAUUUCCCAUGUAUAAAAAAACUCAAGAGAGUGGGUAAAUACUGCUGUUGAGUUCUAAUGUCACCUAAGAUUUUCUUUUAAUGCCAGACUCACAUUUUUGUCUGUCUGCAAAGGGAAUCAAGGAAUUAUAUGUCACUUGCAAAUGAUUGUUAUGGUACCCUAUGUUACAUCUGCAUGUAAUUUGCCAUAAUGUGCAAAUACACUACAUUUAUAAGCAUGGGUUAUCCAGAAACAGACAGACAUUAUUUCUUCCUAG